AUGCAAGGAGAUCGUGAUACUCUUGACAAUACUCACCACCAGCCAGCCACUCAAAACCAUCAUAAAGCAACCCCAGUAGACACCACAUCAUCCUCACAAUACUUUGACUCUACACAAAUUGAAGAUGUUGGGCCGCCAACAGGCAAGCUUUCUGGAACUGCGUUGGAGUGGCGACGCAGGCAACCAUCACUGGAUCCUUGCCUAAAAAGCUGCAAGCAGAGACAGGGCGAAGUAAGCAACGAGCUGUGA